CCGAGACAACAUAUCCUUCUACCUACACAAAAUUACAAAACCCAGUGAAGGAAGCGCAAAAUUUUCCAACAGUUGGCGAAACUGGUUUAUGGGUUGAAGUCUGGUUCAGGAUUUGUGGGGGAAGAGAAGAGCACUCACACCAUAUCCAUUAUCAAUGGACUUGGCCGCGAAGCUUCACCACUUAGACCUGACCGGCGUGGUCAUUUUGGACGCCCGAAAGCCCUCCGCACUCCGCCACCUUCCGCCACGCGUUCUCAGCAGAACAAACACCAACACCAAUUUGAUUUACACGAACCGGUUCUCGGGCCCACCGAGGCCCAAUUCCGCUUCCUCAACGGGCCUGUCCAUGAUAACCGUCGAGGACGAUAUCGAGUCUCUUUUCUCCGAGACGAACUCGGAGGAGGAGCGGCGCGUGAGGAAGCAACCGAGCAUUGGGGCGUCGGGGAUUUCCUCCGGGGUGAAGCUCGAAAACGUGGGGAAAGCCUACAAGGGCGUGACGGUGCUGAAGGACGUGAGCUGGGAGGUGAAGAAGGGGGAGAAGGUGGGCCUGGUCGGCGUGAACGGCGCCGGGAAGACGACGCAGAUGAGGAUAAUCGCGGGCCUUGAGGAGCCGGAUUUCGGGAACGUGGUGAAGGCGAAGGCGAACAUGAAAAUCGCGUUUCUGAACCAGGAGUUCGAGGUGGCGCCGAGCAGGACGGUGAGGGAGGAGUUCAUGAACGCAUUCAAGGAGGAGAUGGAGGUGGCAGGGAAGCUGGAGAAGGUGCAGAAGGCGCUCGAGGGUGCCGUUAAUGAUUUGGAGCUCAUGGGGAGGCUCUUGGAUGAGUUCGAUUUGCUUCAGAGGAGGGCGCAGAAUGUGAACUUGGAUGAGGUUGAUGCCAAGAUUAGUAAGUUGAUGCCUGAGCUUGGUUUUGCUCCUGAGGAUUCUGAUAGGCUGGUCGCGUCUUUCAGUGGAGGCUGGCAGAUGAGGAUGUGUCUCGGCAAGAUUCUACUUCAGGAGCCUGAUUUGUUGCUGUUAGAUGAGCCUACAAAUCACCUUGAUCUUGACACCAUUGAGUGGCUUGAAGACUAUCUUAACCAGCAGGAUGUUCCAAUGGUUAUCAUAUCCCAUGAUCGAGCUUUUCUUGAUCAGCUGUGUACAAAAAUUGUGGAAACUGACAUGGGUGUGUCCAGGACGUUUGAGGGGAAUUACUCUCAGUAUGUAAUUUCAAAAGCAGCAUGGAUUGAAGCACAGUAUGCUGCAUGGGAGAAGCAGCAGAAAGAAAUUGAGCAGACAAGAGACUUGAUAAGUAGAUUAGGUGCUGGAGCAAAUUCUGGCCGUGCUUCUUCUGCCGAGAAGAAGCUGGAGAGACUUCAGGAAGAGGAACUAGUGGAGAAACCUUUUGAACGGAAACAAAUGAAAAUCAGGUUCCCUGAGCGUGGAAGGAGUGGAAGAUCUGUUGUAGCAAUUAAUAACUUGGAAUUUGGCUUUGAGGAUAAGACACUUUUCAAAAAGGCAAAUCUUACAAUUGAAAGGGGAGAAAAAAUUGCCAUUAUUGGUCCAAAUGGAUGUGGCAAGAGUACUUUACUGAAAUUGAUUAUGGGUUUGGAAAAGCCAACCGGGGGUGAAGUUUUGCUUGGGGAGCAUAAUGUAUUACCUAACUAUUUUGAGCAGAAUCAGGCUGAGGCACUUGAUCUGGAAAAAACAGUGCUCGAGACAGUAGAGGAAGCUGCAGAGGACUGGAGGAUUGAUGAUAUUAAAGGGCUUCUUGGGCGUUGUAAUUUUAAAGCUGAUAUGCUUGACCGAAAAGUUUCACUAUUGAGUGGUGGUGAGAAGGCACGGCUGGCCUUUUGCAAAUUCAUGGUAAAGCCAUCAACUAUGCUUGUGUUGGAUGAACCAACCAAUCACUUGGAUAUACCUUCUAAAGAAAUGCUCGAGGAAGCAAUAAAUGAAUACCAGGGCACUGUUAUCACAGUAUCUCAUGACCGAUACUUUAUAAAGCAAAUAGUUAAUAGAGUGAUAGAAAUUAAAGAUGGCACCAUACAGGAUUAUGCAGGUGAUUACGAUUAUUAUUUAGAGAAGAAUUUUGAUGCUAGGGAAAGAGAACUUGAACGCGAGGCUGAGCUUGAUAGCAAAGCUCCUAAAGUGAAAGCCAAAUCUAAGAUGUCCAAGGCUGAGAAAGAGGCACGGAAGAAACAAAAGAUGCAGGCCUUUCAGGCAGCAAAACAGAAGUCCAAAGGCGUGAAAAAUGCCAAGAGAUGGAAUUGAGUGAACCAUUUCAUUGUUACACUAAUUUACCGCCAGAAGGUGAUGUAGCUAGCAUAUUGGGUUAAGCUACACAGCCUUUGUAUAAUCAUGUAUCUAUUCACUAACUCAUUUACGGAAAUAUAAAAGGAUGAUUACACCAUAUGUGAUUCUCAA